AAAAGAGCUUUAGAGUUUUCAGUUUGCGUGAUUUGUAGGUGUUCACUCUAUAUAUUAAAUCUCAUCUAUGUUCAUGUUAUCAAAUUAGUCAAUAGAGCAUGAAACGUAAAUAAUUACAUACGAAUUAUUUAUUUAAUAAAUUAAACUGUAUAUUUUUUACAUGUAAAUAUAAAUAUUAUUUAUAAGUUAUUUGUAUGAAACUUCUAAAAAGCAUUACAGAAUAAGAGGAAUGUUUCGAGACACUCCAAAGAUUAUUAUAGAAGAUGGAUCUUCUCCAUCUGCUUCUUAUAUUAUGUAUGUUAGAAUGGAAGACUUAUUAGAAAAAUUAAAAUUGUUACAUUAUGAUAUUCAAUUUUUACCAGAAUUUAAAAUAAAGGCCAUAAAUAGGAAUUAUUUUGUAACACAAACAAAUCCAGGAGAGCAAUUUUAUACAUUCACAUCAUUAGCUGCAUGGUUAAUUAGGAAAGCAGGUGGGAAUUUUAAAGCUCCGCAAGAAUCAGAUGAUCCUAAUGCUACAAUAGCUAUAAUCUUGGACUAUUUAAGAGAUAUUCAUGUACCAAUAGAAUUUCCACCCAAUAAGCUCAAACAAGGAAGUGGUGAACAUGCCAUUUAUGUCUUAGAUAACUUAGCAGAUGAAGCAUUGAAAGCACAAAAGUUUCAAUGGAAGAAAGUAGAAAUAUCACCUGACGAACCAAGUAACGAACCAGAGAUAGAAGAUGAUGAUGCAGAAUUAAUUUUAGAGAAAGUAGAAGAGGAAAUGAUGGCUGAGUAUGAUGAUGAGGAUGAAGAUAUUUUACAUGUUGAUGAUAUUACAAAAUUAUAUGGACAGAACUUUGUAAACAUAAAUGAAAUGCAAAAACCUGAUGAUAUUUUAGAAUCUAAAACAAACAGAGAAGAGUGGCAACUAGAAUUGGAAAGAGUUUUACCUCAACUCAAAGUAACUGUAAAGACAGAUUCAAGAGACUGGAGAUCACAUAUAGAGCAAAUGAAGCAAUUACGUACAAAUAUAGCAACAAAUUUAACUGGAACCAAAAAUCAACUAGAUAAACUACAUAUUGAUAUAUCUAAUACUCUAGACAAAGUAAAAACGAGAGAGUCCUAUUUAAAUAGGCAACUUGAACCUAGUUUGAAGGAAUAUCAAAUGCUUCAAGAUGAAUUGUCGAAAAUUAAGGAACAAUAUCGAGAUACUAGUGGAGGUGUUACAGAAAGAACAAGAAUUUUUAAUAAAUUAACAGAAGAAUUAGAGCAUGUAAAGAAAGAAAUGGAUGAACGAGGAUCGAGUAUGACAGAUGGAACGCCGCUUGUAAAUAUAAAAAAGACAAUUACUAAAAUGAAAAAUGAAAUUUCCGAAAUGAAUAUUCGAAUUGGCGUAUUAGAAUAUAGUUUAAUGUGUGCAAGAAUACGUGAUCGCACGCAGUUGCAAGAAGAUAUGAAUAAUCCAAAUGCCACCACAAUAACUUAAUAGAUAAUAUUGAUUAUAUGAACCUUUUUUAGCAAAACUUAGCAGUAUUAUCUUCUUUUCAUGUACUUAAACGUAAGUUAUGUGCUAUUUGUUUAGUUUCUCACUAAUAAUAAUCUUUAAUAAGGGUCCAAUAAAGCAUUUAUCUCAUCAUAGUCA